GAUCGACCCGCAAUCGUUCAGUCCGUUUUCUGCUAUUGAUGACAUCGAUACUGGUUCGGCAUCCGGAAUCUCUUGUUCCCGAUCCAUCUGGUUCCAUUUCCCCCCUCAUUGCUGCUCCUCUUUGGGUAAUGCGCCUACCACGAUUAUUGACUGCCGGCCCCCCUCCUCUCUCUUCUUAGCCGCCGAUGCGUUUGUCAUCGAUCAUCCCAUUCACUGAUUUAUCAUCCCCAAGGUCGAGACUCGCCUCGUCAACUACAUAUCUAGUGGCGCAUUCCCUGGUACCAGUACGAUUCAUCAGAACUACUGCUCCUACUGGUCCAUAUCACCUUGCGACGUCACUGCGAUCAAGCCAUCGGAACAUUUUUCCUCUCCAGCGCAUUUACGCACCACCAUCACUUCCAUCGUCGCAUUCUCCAAGACUACUAUCAACCAUGUCUUCCGCAACGACCUUCUACGACUUUGAGCCUGUCGAUAAAAAGGGCUCCCCCUUCCCCCUCAUCGACCUCAAGGGCAAAGUCGUCCUCGUCGUCAACACCGCCUCCAAAUGCGGCUUCACGCCUCAGUUCCAAGGCCUGGAGAAACUCUACCAAGACAUCAAAGCCAAGCACCCGGAAGACUUCACCAUCAUCGGAUUCCCCUGCAACCAGUUCGGUAGCCAGGACCCCGGUUCCGACGACGAGAUCCAGUCGUUCUGCCAGAUCAACUACGGAGUGACGUUCCCCGUGCUGGGCAAGUCGGACGUUAAUGGCGAUAAGGCCGCGCCGGUCUGGACAUGGAUGAAGGAGCAGCAGCCCGGUCUGUUGGGGCUGAAGCGCAUCAAGUGGAACUUUGAGAAGUUCUUGAUUUCGGCGGAUGGAAAGGUUGUGGGUCGCUGGGCUAGUUUGACCAAGCCCGAGUCCUUGGAGGAGCCGAUUCUGAAGGAGAUUGAGAAGGCGAAGAAGGAGGGCUCGUUGGCUUCGUUGAAGAAGGAGGAGGCCAAGGCUGAGGAGGCGACAGCUUAGUGUGUGUGUCGGAGGAGGUACUAUUUUAAUAUUUAUAUUAUAUCUGUGAGAGAACGGGUGUUUGGUUGGGAUGAUACCAUGCAGCUGCUGUUGCAGCUGCUGUCUUUGAUAUACUGAGUAUUAUAUAAUGGUUGUUACAUUACUCUAGGAGAGUGGGGUUGCGAAACGAAACUCUUCAACUGCCGUGUCCUGGACAGUGUCGUUAUUUCAUGUUCAUAUCAUAUGCUAAUUUAAGUCUCUGUGUUAAAU